CCCCUUCUCCUCUUUCUUCUUCAUUUUCCGUUCCUUUCCUCUUCCUUUUGUUCUUCAUCUUGAUCUCGCCGUCAGAUUUCCUUACACAGCUCCUCCUUCGAUUUAUACCCCUGUCUCAAUUCUAGGAUAAUGGAUCCUCCUGUGUCAGAAGAUCCUGAGAAAAUCGAAGAUCAGAAAGAAAAAGGACCUUCUUUUCACUGUGAUCUUUACGAUACACAAGUAGUUCACAAGAUAGCUCAGGUUUUUCUCCCCGGAUUAGCCACUGCUUGUGUCGACAACACCACCGGAGAUAUCUUCAGGAGUCCUGGUUCCGUCGCUGCCGACAUCAGAAAAGAAAUGAUCGAUUAUUUGACUCGGAGAAGCGAAACCUUCGUGGCCGACCACUUUGUUCUUCAAGGCGGCUCAGAGGUCGAAGCUUCUCACGAUCCUUACGACAUAAUAUCUGACUUCAUCGACGAUUUCGCAACAUCCAAGAGGAAUCUCUUUAGCCGGGUUUCGGGUUGGUUGCUUAGCGAGAGGAGAGAAGAUAACAUUGAUGACUUCGCGCAAGAGAUGGAGAUAAGCGGCUUCUGGUUAACGGAUCACAGAGAAGGAAUCGCACAGACUUUGCUUAAAAACGUCGACUUUAAGAACAUCUCUCACUGUGAGAUGAAAUUCCAAACGGAAGGAGAACGAGCCGAGCACGCCUUGGUUUGUGGGUACAGAGCCAUGAACUGUGAGAACGAAGGUUGCAAUGCGGUUUUCUGCGCGAACCAGAUGGAGAAUCACGAUUCGGUUUGCCCGUUCAAGAUAAUACCGUGUGAGCAGAACUGCUCUGAGAGUAUCAUGAGACGUGAGAUGGAUAGGCAUUGUAUCACCGUGUGUCCUAUGAAACUUGUGAACUGUCCGUUUCGUGCCGUUGGUUGUCUCUCUGAUGUACAUCAAUGUGAGCUCCAACAACAUCAUUUGGAUAAUGUGAGCUCUCAUUUGAUGUACAUUCUUCGGAGUAUCUACAAAGAAGCAUCUCCGGAUGAUCUCAAACCCAGAGCUGAACAGAUACAGCAGUUGUCUACUAGGUUAUCUGAAGCCAGGAAUGCAAGAUCACUAACGAAUGUGGUCAAGGAAAUUGAUGCAAAGCUGGGGCCUUUAGAAAUCAAACCAAAGAUUGUUGUGGAAUCGGAGUCGGAUAAACCUGAAAAUGCAGAGAAGAAAGCUUUAGAUGAAGAAGAAGCUGAGAUCAAAGAAAGACCGGAGACGAGUAACUUGAAAGCCGUUUCAUUAGAGCAAACCGCGAGGGAAGCUCCGGAAGAUGAAGUUGUUUCAAGAGAAGCAGAGGUAUUAGUAGAUGAAGAAGCAGUGGUGGAAGAAGUUGUAAAUAAAGUUUCAGAAGCUGAGAUAGCAGAAAAUGUUAAUGAAGAAGGCGAACUAAAAGCUCAAAAGCUUUUAGAGAUAGGCGAGUUCAUCAAAGGAGAAGACAACAACUCUCCAUCUGAUUUGUCGGAGAGAACUGAAACCAAAGCUCCAGAAGUUGUGGUCAUGGAUGAAGAUAGAGAAGAGGAGGAGAGUCCAGAUACAAAACACUCGAAAACAAAUGAAAGCAGAGGUUUAGAGAUUAAAGUCAGUGACAUGAGUGAUAAAGAGAAUAGGGAGACAAAGAAAUCAACCGAAACCGAAACCGAAGCUCCAUCAAGAAUAGUGAUUGACAAGGAGGAGGAUGAAGAGGGUAGAGAGUUAGUGAACGUAAGGACUCGUGCGUCUGAUGAAGCUGAAGCAUUGUCAAAUAGCUCCGAAGGUUUUUCUAAAGCGCAAGCUGAAACCGUACCCAAUAUGUCCUAACUUAACAUCUUUUUGUUGAGAGAGAGAGAGCGAGAGACCAAACUUAACAUGGAGUGUUUUUUUCUCUUUGAAUGUUUGUUUCGUCUGUCUGAAUAUAUGGUUCAUCGAAUGUGAUCCAAUUUUUGUAUUUUGCUUAA